AUGGUUCGAUCCACGGGCUUUUUAGCUGCUGCUUGCCUUUUGCAAAGUGUUUACGGAGCUAGCUUGACACAGGCGCGGAGUACUACUGCCAGCGCGGUAUAUUCUCAGUUUACGGUCCCCGCUGCAGCUGACGAAGGGGCUACCUUGAUUGCCAACAUCGACGAUCCCGAAGCCGUCAAUGCGCAGUCGGCUUGUCCUGGAUACAAGGCAUCCAAUGUCCACCAAGAUUCUAAUGGGUUGACGGCGACUUUAAAAUUGGCUGGUAAUCCAUGCAACGCAUACGGAACUGAUGUGGACUCGUUGGAUUUGUCGAUCACGUACCUUGCGACCGAUCGGCUAAACGUUCAGAUCACACCGACCUAUAUUGGUCCAUCGAACGAGUCGUGGUUUCUGCUUCCCGAGGACCUUGUGCCCCGGGCAAAGGCAGAUAAAAGCGCAUCUAGAGCAGAGAGUGAAAUCGAGAUCUUAUGGACUAAUGAGCCAUCUUUCGGUUUCAAGUUGAUUCGCAAGUCUAACAACGAUGUGAUCUUUGAUACAACCGGAACUGUUUUGGUCUUUGAGAACCAAUUCAUUGAGUUUGUCACUGCUUUGCCACAAGACUACAACCUUUACGGCAUCGGCGAACACAUUGGGCAAUUGCGACUCUUGCAGAACAAAACACUCACGCUUUAUGCCUCGGAUACUGGGGACCCAAUUGAUGGCAAUAUUUAUGGAUCUCAUCCAUUCUACCUCGACACUCGCUAUUACGAGGUCGAUGGUAAAGGUCGCCACACCCUGGUGACGAGCGACCAGACCGACCAGACCAAAGAUUAUGUCUCCUAUUCUCAUGGUGUUUUCUUGAGAAAUGCUCACGGCCAGGAAGUCCUUACGCGGACGGCAAGCCUCAUUUGGCGUACUCUUGGCGGCAGUAUUGACUUGACUUUCUACUCUGGUCCAACUCAAGCCGAUGUCACAAGAGAUUAUCAAGUCAGUACUGUUGGUCUUCCGGCGAUGCAGCAAUAUUUCUCGUUUGGCUACCACCAGUGUCGAUGGGGCUACCAGAACUGGUCUGUGAUGGAUUCUGUCUUGUCCAACUUUGAGAAAUUCGAGAUUCCCCUGGAAACUCUUUGGAAUGAUAUUGAUUACAUGAAGUCGUACCGCGAUUUUGAUAAUGACCCAAUUCGUUUUGGAUAUACUGAAGGUGAAGAAUUUCUGCAAAAGCUGCACGAUGGCGGUCGCCAUUAUGUUCCCAUCGUCGAUUCUGCUCUUUACAUCCCUAAUCCUAACAAUGAGUCCGACGCCUACGAUACAUACACUCGCGGAGCCAAAGUUGAUGCUUUCCUGAAGAACCCUGAUGGAACCACCUAUAUCGGUGAGGUUUGGCCUGGAUACACAGUGUUCCCCGAUUGGCACAACCCUCAGGCCCGGGCAUUCUGGGCAAACGAGCUUGUCACAUGGAGCAAAAAGAUUGCAUUCGACGGAAUUUGGAUCGACAUGAGUGAAGUCUCAUCCUUCUGUGUUGGUAGCUGCGGAACCUACAAUCUGAGCUUAAACCCGGUCCACCCUUCAUUCUCACUCCCUGGAGAAGCGGGAAAUGUUAUAUAUGACUAUCCUGAGUGGUUCAAUGUCACAAAUUCGACCGAGGCUGCAUCCGCCGUGGCGGCAUCGUCGAGCCAAGCUGCAGCUGCCAGCACCGCUGGAACCGAGUCAACCUCAACGGUGUCUUACCUCCGCACGUCUCCUACACCGGGCGUGCGUGACAUCAACUACCCUCCAUAUGUUAUCAACCACGAUCAGACCGGUCACGACUUGGCAGUCCACGCGGUAUCUCCGAAUGCCACACACAGUGACGGUGUCCAGGAAUACGACGUCCACAACCUUUGGGGCUACCAGAUUCUGAACGCCACUUACUACGGAUUGCGCGAGGUCGACCCAGUGAAGCGCCCAUUUAUUAUCGGCCGCUCAACCUUUGCAGGAGCCGGAAAGUGGGCAGGUCACUGGGGUGGUGAUAACGCCUCCAAGUGGGCGUAUAUGUUCUUCUCCAUCCCCCAGGCACUGUCGUUCUCUCUAUUCGGUAUCCCCAUGUUCGGCGUUGACACCUGCGGUUUCAACGGGAACAGUGAUGAAGAACUGUGCAACCGAUGGAUGCAACUGUCGGCAUUCUUCCCCUUCUACCGGAACCACAAUGAGCUCUCUACUAUCAGCCAGGAGCCUUAUCAAUGGGCGUCGGUCAUUGAUGCAUCCAAGUCGGCCAUGAAGAUCCGCUACGCCAUCCUUCCCUACUUCUACACCCUGUUCCAUCUCGCUCACACCACCGGCUCGACUGUCAUGCGGGCGCUGGCCUGGGAAUUCCCCAACGACCCCUCGCUAGCCAACGUGAACACCCAAUUCCUCCUCGGUCCCUCGAUCAUGGUUAUUCCCGUUCUCGAGCCCCAGGUUGACUACGUCCGCGGAGUUUUCCCUGGUGUCAAGCAAGGUGAGAUCUGGUAUGACUGGUACAACCACACUGCCGUCAACGCCCAGCCAGGAGUGAAUACCACUAUCUCUGCUCCACUGGGCCACAUUCCCGUUUACCUUCGUGGUGGCAGCAUUAUUCCCAUGCAAGAGCCCGCCUUGACUACCCGUGCGGCUCGCAACUCCCCAUGGUCUCUCCUCGCUUCUCUCGAUGGUAGCCAAAAUGCCUCGGGACAGCUAUACCUUGACGACGGAGAGAGCGUUACCCCCAAUGCUACACUCAGUGUGUCGUUCACAGCUACCCAGUCUGGCAUCUCUGCUAAGAGAGAAGGAAACUGGAAAGACGCGAACCCACUUGCCAAUAUCACCGUGUUGGGAUUAAAGCCACAUCACUCGAGCGCGAGUAAGGGUAUCAAAUCAGUGACUCUGAAUGGCAAGGCGGCUCCUUCGGCGUCUGCCAACUAUGAUCCUAAUUUGCACAUUCUGACUAUUACCGGCCUGCAAAAUGUUGAGUUGUUCAAAGACAAUGCCUGGGAGGAGGACUGGGUUAUCACAUGGUAG